CUUAAAGGAGAAUCCCGAUCUAUCCAUCUGCGAUUACAAUAAUUUAAGAAUGUCUAACUGCCUUGCUCUGCAAGGUCCAAAAUGCACGAAUGCAGUGGUUAAGCAACAGUCAACCGUUCAGCCCAUUCACCAACCAGUCGCCAUCUGAUGGUGGACUUGUGUGGUCGCGUGUCUGCCACAUUCACUUCCGAUUACAUCGUAACCAUGUGAUAUAAACAGUGUAAAGAUAAAGUAAUAACGGUGAAAUAAACAAAAGUCAUCAUGGAAACAGAAAAGAGUGCGGUUGAAACUAAAAGCGUGGAUUAUAAGAAACCUAACUACAUGCUUAUGUCCUUGCAAAGGAUAUUUGUUUUGAGUGUAAUAUUUGCCAUUAUUGUGAUUAUUGUUUACCACACGCCGAUGCCAGAGGAAUAUUUCGAAAAUUGCGACAGAGAGUGUAAUGAGCUCGAUUGGCCCAUGAUAUGUCGAGUGAAACUAGUCAUUGAAGUUUAUAAAACACUAAGCAAAUCUUGCGGAAGUUGUACGGAAAAGGAUGGCGGCGAAUGUCCGAAACUAUGUAUAUCAGCUGACGGGCGUGAGCGAGGUGUAUUGUCAGCCAACAGAGCGUUGCCUGCGCCAGUGCUUCAUGUUUGUCACAACGACAUCCUUGUGGUGGACGUGGUUCAUAGAGCACCGGCACACGCCCUCUCCAUCCAUUGGCGAGGACAACCCCAAAAAGAAACUCCUUUCAUGGACGGAGCACCCAUGUUGACACAAUGCCCCCAGCCUGCUUACACAACCUUCCAGUACAAGUUCCGAGCGUCAGCAGUUGGCACGCACAUGUACCACGCCCAUUCAGCAGCAGACGCCGCUGACGGCCUCGCUGGUGCACUGGUAGUAAGACAAUCCCCUCGUUUAGACCCGCUCGGAAAAUUAUACGAUGUUGACGCUUCAGAACACACAAUUUUCAUUUCCGAAUGGGGUCAUUCCAUGGGUCCAUUAGCAGGAAUGACGUCAAAAGGACCUAAAGCAGAAUCCUUACUGAUAAACGGCAAAGGUAACACCCUAGAAUCACCAGAUGCUCCGAUAACGAAAUUCGCCGUCGAACAUGGUAAGAGAUACCGUUUUAGAUUAGCAUACGGCGGGGGAUCCAGAAGCUGUCCAGUGAAAUUUACUAUAGACCAGCAUGUAUUAAAAAUUGUUGCUUUAGAUGGUCAUAGGAUUGAGCCAGUGGAUGUUAAUUCAAUAACCUUAGGUCGGGGAGAACGCGCGGACUUUAUUCUGGAUGCAAAAAGGGCACCCACCGCGUACAAAAUAAGGGUGGCCGCUGAAAGUUCUUGCCAGAAUGGUUUAGAGGGUGUUGGUGAAUUAGUGUAUGAAAACAAGGACUCUAAAGUGUUACAUAAAGACGAAGACAAAGUUGAAAAUCAAGUGAAAGAUGAGUUAACAACAGUGAUUAGUGGUCGGUGCGGUAAAGACAGUGUAUUAUGUUUGGACGAAAUUCGUGGCGCAAACGCAAUGCCGGCGGAGUUGGCCGGAGAAUUGGACGAGAUAAUUUAUGUGCCUUUUAAUUACUCUACGCGGCAGAUUUCUGCGAAACGAGUGGAGAGUUGGGGUCAAACCGAUGGACACCGAUUCACAUACCCGGCGUCUCCACUGCUGACCCAGGGCUCCGACGUGGCCCCAGGGUCCUUGUGUCCAGAAGGAGCCGGCCAAGGCGACGAGUGUGUCCAUGUCAAGAAUGUCAACUUGGAUUCGACAGUAGAAAUCGUCAUGUUUGAUCAGGGCGGCGAGUCUGACCACAUCUUCCACUUACAUGGAUACAGUUUCUUCGUGGUUGGCAUCCAGGAGUUCAACAGAAGCUUGACAGUGGAAGAAGUGACAAAAAUGAACAGUGAAGGCGUAUUGUUCACUAAAAAGAAUUUAGCCAAUCCAGUAGUAAAAGAUACUAUAGUGAUACCGAAGUAUGGUGUGGUGGCUUUGAGGUUCAAAGCCGAUAAUCCAGGGUAUUGGAUGAUGAGGGAUGAAAGGUCCACUCAUUGGACAAGAGGACUGGACUUCAUUUUGAAAGUAGGUGAUGAAGGUGACUUUGUACAGGCUCCGUCCGACUUUCCGAAAUGUGGAUCAUAUGUAGGUCCAGAGUACUUCUUAAUUUAGUUGAAGUUCUAAGAUGUUUUAACCAUAUUCGGUCCAAUGUACUCGUAGAUGCUUCGCAUUAAUGAGAGAGUUUUAAAUAAUACUGAAUAUAAACACAGGUAGGGUAAAUCAAUGUCACAUGACCAAAUUAAGAGCUUUUUUAGAACUUAAUGUCUGGACCACCUGCAUGGGAGGGAAAAUUACUUAUUCGUUUUGUUUCUUCUUAAUACCUAAAUAACCAUUUAUGUUGGCUCAUUUUAUGAAUGCAUCAAAAGAUUCCUAAAAAGGUUUUCCAAAAAACAGCAUAAACUAUGAGAACGACUGAUUUCGGAAAAUAGAAUGUUAUAUUUGUGUUAUAAAUGUUACCAGUGGCUUGAAAAUUUUACAGGCAAACCUAUUUAUUUUUAUUUUAAGUAUUUAAUUUAGGUAGUCAUUAAAUACCUUGUCAAGAAAGCGAAACAGGUGAUAUGAAUAGUUAGAAUUGGUUUUCAUUGUAUAGGUAAAUAUUGUUGUUGUGUUAUUAUACUUAUUAAUGAACGUGUUUCUAUGACGCGUUGUAUUUAUGUGUUACCUACUAAUUGUACUCGUAAUAAGGGGGUUUUUUAUAAGUUUUGGCAGCGGCUCUCAGUCAAGACAAGUAGUAGUUUCUUUUAUUCAUUUCAUUCUUAUUUGGAUCGGCUAGUCUUGAUAUUGGACGCUAAGAAUUUUAUGUUGUCACGAUUAUAUUUUAGUUAUACCCCCACAUGUUUAGUAAAAUAAUGAAUUGAACUGUUAUACAUU